AUGGACGCCUCCUCCCUCCGCAUCUCCAAGUUCGAUGGAACUAACUUCCACGCCUGGAAGUUCAAGAUGCAGAUGGUGCUGGAGGAACGGGACCUAUGGGAGGUCGUCAGCGGUGAGAUCAAGGCGGAACAGUGCGAGACUCAGUUGGACCAAGCGACGUACAAGAGGAAGUCAAGAAAGGCGAUGGCAGUGAUCUGUCUAGCCAUGGAAGAUUCCCAGCUACCGUUGGUCCGGUCGGCAAGUGGUGCAUGCGACGCAUGGUCAAGGUUGGAAGACCACUUCGAGAAGAAGAGUCUUGCCAACAAGCUGUUCUUGCGCCGUCGCUUCUUCACGACAAUGAUGGAAGAAGGCGACGAUGUGCUCGAACACAUCAACAAGCUCAAGACGCUGGCGGAACAGCUAGAAGCGGUGGGGGCUCCAGUCUGCGAGGACGAUCUGGUGAUCACACUCCUCGGCAGCCUGAGUGACUCGUAUCAAUUCUUGAUCACAGCUUUGGAGUCGCGCUCAGACACUCUUAGCUGGGAGCUCGUGACGUCUCGACUGCUUCAUGAAGAAAUGAAGCGGAAGGAGCAAGGAAGUAAAGGUGAUGAAGCUUCGCAAGGUCAAGCGUUCAUCACAAGGGACAAUCAGCGCAAAGGGCGACCAGUGAAGAAGUCCUGGCCGUGCCACAAUUGCGGAAAGAUUGGUCACUGGAUGGCGGAGUGCCCCUCGCGCAUCCAAGAAAACACGGAGAGACACCGGCCACAGCGUGCUCAAGACAGCGGCGACCGCUAUCGAUCACAACGUGCAAACGUCGCUCAAGAAGAAGACUCGGGCGACUACCUCUUUUCGAUCGGUGAAACGACAUCUGCGAAAUCGAGCGACAUCUGGCUGGUCGACUCCGGGGCGACGCAGCACAUGACGUGCUCCAAGAAGUUCAUGCGGAACUACAAGGGGUUUGACGCUGUGGAUGUCCAUCUCGCGGAUGAUGGAAUCGUCCAAGCAAUCGGCAGUGGGGACAUUGUCAUGUCAAUGAAGACACCCCAAGGGAUGAAGAAAGGUGUGCUCACAAACGUGUGGCACAUCCCAAAGUUAUCCAGAAACCUGUUCUCGGUCGGCCGCUUCACCAAGGAUGUCGGCCCAGUGACGUUCACGAAGGAUGGGUGCUAUGGAGAAGCGAAAGGGACCAAGUGGAAAAUUGGUGCCCGUGAAGGUAAAGGACUGUUCAAGCUGCAAAUGACUCCAGUGGCGCCGGAACAAGCAAAUGCAGCCAAGUCGUCGGGAUGUCAAGGGGGCACCAAGUCGUACCUCUGGCACCUUCGGCUUGGCCACAUAGGUCACGAUGGACUCAAUUGCAUCGUGACGAAGAACAUUGGAAUUGGCAUCGACAUAUCUUCGGUGAAGAAGUGGGACGUGUGUGAAGGUUGUGCUCUGGGAAAACAGACUCGAGUGCGCUUCCAAUCAAACACUACAGCUCACACCUCCAAACUCCUCGAAGUGAUUCACAGCGACGUAUGCGGACCGAUGUCGAUGGCAACUUUCAGUGGAAAACGGUACUUCGUGACAUUCAUUGAUGACAAGUCAAGAUACUGUGUCGUCUAUCUGCUCAAGAGCAAAUCUGAAGUUGCGGCGAAGUUCAUGGAAUACGCUGCGAUGGCCGAAACGCAAACCGGAAAGCGCGUGAAGUACCUUCAAAGCGACAAUGGGGGUGAAUACAAGUCCGACAAGCUGGCACGAUUCUGCGCGGAACGGGGAAUACAACAAAGGUUCACACCCCCAUAUACUCCUCAGCUAAACGGAGUAGCUGAGAGAAUGAAUCGCACGCUGGUCGAGUGUGCGCGUUGCAUGAUGGAACACGCUGGACUGGGAAAGAGCUACUGGGGUGAAGCAGUGAUGACGGCGAUGUUUCUUCGAAACCGCUGUCCAACACGUGCCAUUCACCAAGACAAGUCUCCAUAUCAAGUGUGGACGAUGAAGAAACCGAUUCUGGCCAACCUUAAAGUGUUUGGAUGCCACGCGUAUGUUCAAGUGCCUCAAGACAAACGCGCGAAGUUCGACUCCAAGUCAUCACUCUGUCGUUUCCUGGGAUACGCCGAACACCAGAAGUCAUAUCGAUUUGAGGAAGUGUCAACAGGAGCGAUCAAGAUCAGUCGCGAUGCCACAUUCAUGGAAGACAAGUUUGAUGAAGGUCCGCGCAACUACAACGAUGAGUCAAGUGUCGUUGAGUUUGGUGAUCAUGAUGAGGACGAAGAAAAAGAAGAAGGUAAAACUGACGACGACAUGGACUCGAGCGACGAUGACAACGAAGACACCAGGUCUUCGAAGAGCAACAUCAAGAGACACACGCGCACUCAAUCACUUGAGAAAGCUACCGUCAUUCCAAGUCCCAAGCGAAGAACAUACAGAGGUCCGUCGCUUGAGCAUGUGUCAGCGGCUGCAAUGGAUUUUGAAGCAGCCUACAUCGUUGAUUCAGUGGGGGAAACGCCGACUACAUUCAAGUCGGCGAUGGAAUCAAGCGACUCCGGCAAGUGGAAAGAAGCGUGUGACUCGGAGUUCGAUUCGCUUCAGAGAAACGACACGUGGGAAAUCGUGCCUCUUCCGAAAGGUCGCAAGGCCAUCGGGUGCCGAUGGGUUUUUCGUGUAAAGGAGAAUCAAGAUGGCGAAGUUGAACGUUUCAAGGCAAGACUUGUGGCCAAAGGAUUCUCACAGAAAUUCGGAGUUGACUAUGAAGAAACUUUCGCACCGGUGGCCAAGUUCACAUCGAUUCGUGUGGUGCUCAGUAUGGCGGCUAAGUACGGCCUAAUGCUACAUCAGAUGGACGUCAAGACAGCGUUUCUUAACGGCUCCCUCAACGAAGACAUCUACAUGGACCAGCCGGACGGAUACCUGGAUGCAACACAGCCGGACUAUGUGUGCAAGCUAAAGAGAUCACUCUACGGCUUGAAGCAAUCGCCUCGCAUGUGGAACCAAACAAAAAAUGGGUGGUUUUUUUGGAAAGGGGGGAUAAAAAGAGGGCCACCCGCCCCCCCCCUCCACCACAACCGACCCCCCCAACAACAGGUUUUUGGGGGGGUCUACGUCGAUGAUCUCAUCCUGGCCAGCAGCAACAACGAACUCCUCAAGUCAACCAAGAUGGCGCUGAGCAAACGCUUCGAAAUGACGGAUCUCGGUGAGCUCGAUUACUUUCUCGGCAUGGAGAUCAAGAACGACCGUAAGACGGGAAUGGUGACUGUACAACAAACCAAGUUUUUCAAGUCCGUGUUAACCAAGUUCGGAAUGGAUAACAGCAAGCCAGUGAAGACGCCUCAAGAUCCCGGCCUGAAGCUAACCAAGAACAUGUGUGAACAAGAAUGCAAGCACGAAGACACCAUGUGCAACGUGCCAUAUCGAAGUGCUGUCGGAGGCAUCAUGUAUCUCAUGGUCGCCACACGUCCGGAUCUAGCUGCUGCAGUGGGAUCAUUAUCCCAGUUCUCGUCCGACCCAUGCCCGACUCACUGGCAAGCUUUGAAGCGUGUGCUGAGAUACCUGCAAGCAACGCCCAAUCAUGGUCUUGAGUUUACACGUGAAGAAGGAAGCCGUAUCUGCGGGUACACCGACGCAGACUGGGCCGGCGACAUUGAGUCAAGACGAAGUACAAGCGGCUAUGUGUUCAUGAUGAGCGGAGGAUGCAUCAGCUGGAAAAGCCAGAAACAACGGACGGUCACGCUAUCUUCAACAGAAGCAGAAUACAUGGCGCUUUCCGAAGCAACCAAAGAAGCAGUAUGGCUCAAAGUGCUUUUGGGGAACUUGGUGAGAUGA